UGCAAGUUAUGACGCUCAAAGUUCAAUGCAAAGGGAGAUAUUUUCUUUUACAGAAAUUCCUUUUUAAGGACUACAAUGAGCUUCUUCCCUGGUUUGUGACAUCACUAACCCUAAAAUUUACAUAAAUAUGGCCCCGCCCCCUUUGUUGUGUGUUCUUGGGGGCGGGGCCAUGUUGAGCUGCUUUAGAGAAGAGGAAGAGUUGUUGUAGUAGAGUGUUGUUGACAUGCCGUCAUUUUACGCCGGACUGCUUCACAAACGAGGGUCAAUUCAACACAAAAGAUUAACAUGACGGCACAUGCUAGUGGAUGAGUUGAAUCAACUCCACAGCAACUACAUAAAUUUAUCCACUAACCAUUCAGAAACGUCCUAAAAGUUGUAACUUCUUCCUGAGUCUCUCCAUCAGUGUCGACUCCGGUUUGAACAAUGUAAGGCUGAACACCGUUACUGACAAUCCUCAUUUUGGCUGCGUGAGAUUCUCCAGCUUUGUUGUUGUUGAGCUGUUAAAGCUCCGCCCUCUUCUGGAAAGGAGGCGGGAGCAGCGGCUUAUUUGCAUUUAAAGGGACACACACAAAAACGUGUUUUUGCUCACACCCAAAUAGGGACAAAUUUGACGAGCUAUAAUAAAUGAUCUGUGGGGGAUUUUGAGCUGAAACUUCACAGACUCAUUCUGGAGACACCAGAGACUUAUAUUACAUCUUGUGAAAAGGACAUAAUAGUUCCCCUUUAAAUAAAUAAAUAUAUUACACACAUGCCCACACAAACACUCACUCUCUCUCACACACACAGAGUGAGAUCCGUGGACACAAGUCAAGCUGUCCAGUUCCUGUUGCUGUGUCACAUGCCUUUGUGCUGGAAAUGUGGAAAGUUCUCCAGAGUAAAACAGUUUACACUGUUGCCUUAGUCUCGCUCACAUUCCUGCAGCGACGAGAGCGGCCAAAGUCCAAGACUGGAAAACUUGCCUUAAAAAAGUCUCAAACAUGUGCGUGCUAUUUUUAGAUUCAUCUGUUCUAUUUCUGAGCUGCUCUCUUAAAGGGGAACGUGCCGGUGUUCUCUCGUGAAGACGGACAUGUGCAUGAGUCAGGUUCAUAUGAAGAUCAUUCUAGAGGAAAGCAAGAGCAUCCACUCGGAGCCUCUGGUCAGACAGGUGAAGAAGACUCGAAUAAGCAGGGAUGACUUUGACAUCUUGAAGGUGAUCGGCCGAGGAACCUUCAGCGAGGUGGCUCUGGCCCGGAUGCGAAACACUCAGCAGGUGUACGCGCUGAAGAUCAUGAACAAAUGGGACAUGCUGAAGCGUGGAGAGACCGCGUGCUAUCAGGAGGAGCGGGAGGUUCUGCUGAAGGGAGACCGUCGCUGGAUCACUGAGCUGCAUUACGCUUUCCAGGACGACAAUUACCUCUAUCUGGUCAUGGAUUACUAUGUCGGCGGAGACCUGCUGACGCUGCUGAGUAAGUUCGGUGAUCGUAUCCCAGAGGAUAUGGCUCAGUUCUACCUGGCUGAGAUGGUGAUGGCCAUCGACUCCGUCCACAGACUGGGUUAUGUGCACAGAGACAUUAAACCUGACAACAUCCUGCUGACGGCAGACGGUCACGCACGGUUGGGUGAUUUCGGCUCCUGUCUCCGUCUGGAGGAUGAUGGACUGGUCCACUCGUCGGUGGCUGUCGGCACUCCAGACUAUCUGUCUCCAGAGAUCCUGCGGGCGGUGGAGGGCGGCGGCGGCUACGGCACCGACUGCGACUGGUGGGCCCUGGGCGUCUGCGCCUACGAGAUGCUGCUGGGAACCACGCCGUUUUACGCAGAGUCCAUUUCUGAGACCUACGCUAAAAUAAUACACUUCAAGGAUUAUUUUGAGUUUCCCGCCGCGGGGUCGGAGGUGUCUGAGGAGGCGCGUUCACUGAUCGGCGGUCUGAUCUGCGACCGGAGCGAGCGGCUGGGCUCGCGGGGCUCCGGGGACUUCAGAAAACAUCCCUUCUUCUGCGGUUUGGACUGGAGUUCCCUUCAUCUCCUCCCUCCUCCGUACCAUCCCGACGUCUCCAACGCCACAGACACCUCCAACUUUGACGUGCUGGACGACUGUCUCAGCGACACGGAGAACCUGAGUGACGUGAUGGAGCGAGCGGUUGGAGUUCACCUGGCGUUUGUCGGAUACUCGUACACAGCCACCAGACAGACGGGAGCGCUGGACCGCAGUGGUGACAUCAUGAUGGAGAUCGACCAACCACAGGACAGAGAUUACCUCUACCUGCAGGGGAAACUGAAUCAGGUGUGGCGGCUCAGAGAUCGCAUCACUGCUGAUGUCACGGCGCUUCCAGAACUUCCUGCUGAGGACAGGAAUCUGGAGCUGGAGCUGGAGCCGGAGCCAGAGCUGGAGCUGGAGCUGGAGCCGGAGCCGGAGCCGGAGCUGGAGCCAGAGCUGAAGUUGAAGCUGGAGCUGGAGCCGGAGCUGAAGUUGGAGCCGAAGUUGAAGCUGGAGCCGAAGCCGGAGCCGGAGCCGAAGCUGGAGCUGGAGCCGGAGCUGGAGCUGAAGUUGAAGCUGGAGCUGGAGCUGGAGCUGGAGCUGGAGCCGGAGCUGAAGUUGGAGCUGGAGCCGGAGCCGGAGCCGAAGCCGAAGCCAAAGCCAGAGCCAGAGCCGGAGCCGGAGCCGGAGCCGAAGCUGGAGCCAGAGCUGGAGCUGGAGCUGGAGCCAGAGCUGGAGCUAAAGCUGGAGCCGAGCGACGCAUACGCUCAGGAGCUGCAGAGGCGGCUGAUCAAAGCUGACCGGAGGAACAGAGAACUGGAGCAGGAGAUGAUGGGACUGAGAGAGGAGAUCCUCAGACUGACGGCCGACAGGAACAGAGAGCUGUGUGUGUGUCCGCCGCCCGCCCGCUGCCUGGACGCCGCGCGGGAUAGCUCAGCGACGCCCCCUGCCUGCCAUUACCCGCUAGUGACGCCGCUGCUCCGCCACCUGCUGCUGUUCAACAGGGUGUGGAUGCCGCCGGUGAGGAGUGAGUCGUAUCUGCUGGUUUGUGUCGAAGGGACUGAAGUGCAGCUGUGGGAGCGUCGCUGUGGCUCUGAUCUCUCCUGAGGGACCCUAGAUAGUCUACAGCAGCUGAAGGACUGUGAUCUACUCCUCUAUGCAAUCAUCUGUUCUUCAGUUCCAGUCUUUAACAGCCACAUGAUUCAGUACACAGGGAGAAAUUCCCCAAUGCAUGGAUUUCUAUUGAAAUGACUGGAUUUCACACAUGGUAAACGUGACCACUGCUUGAUUGAGUGUUCAUGUGCAACUUCAGUCAGAAAGAGAUUUAUGUUUAAUCAACUCAGAAACAGCCACUGACUAUGAUUCACCAGUGACGUUUACAUGUGGUUUUAUUCUGAAAGCGAUGUUUAAAUGCGUCAGGCAUCAGAAUAAUCCUGUAAGUUUGCUGAUCUACUGCUGUUUCCCAAAAGAUUUCCAGAGAAACUCCAGAUGCUGCCGUUUGUUAUUCAGUAUGUGCGCAAAUAUUAGUUUCAUAACACUUUAAUUCAGACGCUUCACAACACCAACUCAUUAUUUUUCUUAGACUUUACAUUGUUGCAGCACCUGUUUUCACCCUCUGUCUGAACCGUCUGUUUUAGUUCCGGUUUCUUCUGAAAAGCGCAGUCUGCUCUGAUUGGUCAUUUAUAUCACACGUGUUUGUGUUCAUGAGUUCACUGCUCCAUCCAACUAUCAUAUACGGCAUUGUUAUUUACCAGAGGUAUAUUUUGUACAAAACAAGAAGUGAAGUUGUUUUAAGCAUUAAAAUUAUUUUGUUUGUGUUUGACGUAGAAAUAAAGUUGGCUUAUUUAUUUAA